GCAUAUCCGUUGAAGGCAAAAAACGGGUCGUGUAGUUCUGUUGUCGACGAAGUAUAAUUUUAUAAAAAUUGACGCUACCUUACUAGCGUCGCAAGUAUAAGGUGCUCGGGUCGAACUGGUAAGCAAAAUGAAUUUGGUACCAGGAUCUGUGACCUUUGAUGAAUACGGCAGGCCGUUUCUUAUCUUUCGUGACCAAGAUAAACAAAAACGGCUAACCGGCAUUGAUGCAAUUAAGUCACACAUUUUAGCGGCUCGUAAUGUGGCCAAUAUUCUUAAAACUUCUUUGGGACCAAAAGGUCUUGAUAAGUUAAUGGUAAGUUCCGACGGAGAUGUUACCGUAACCAAUGAUGGAGCAACUAUUUUGAAGAACAUGGAUGUGGACCAUGAAAUUGCAAAAUUGAUGGUUCAAUUAUCUCAAUCCCAAGAUGAUGAGAUUGGGGAUGGUACUACUGGAGUAGUCGUGUUAGCUGGUGCACUUUUGGAACAAGCAGAACAAUUGUUAGAUAAGGGAAUUCAUCCGAUCAGAAUUGCAGAUGGUUUUGAAAUAGCAGCAAAAUGUGCGGUUAAACAUCUCAAAAGCAUUGUAGAAGACUUUGAAGGAAGUCUGGAUAAUCUCGAACCAUACAUAAAAAUAGCUAUGACCAGUCUUGGUUCAAAGAUCAUCAACAAGUGUCAUAGGCAAAUGGCAGAAAUAGCUGUAAAAGCUGUAUUCGCAGUUAUGGAUCCUUUCGUACGCGAUGUAAAUUUUGAACUCAUAAAAGUAGAAGGAAAGGUCGGUGGCAGGCUAGAAGACACUGUCCUAGUUUAUGGUGUUGUUAUUGAUAAAGACUUCAGUCACCCUCAAAUGCCUAAGAGAUUGGAAAAUGUGAAAUUGGCCAUUUUGACCUGUCCGUUCGAGCCGCCCAAACCGAAAACAAAGCAUAAGUUGGACAUUACAUCGGUCGAAGACUAUAGAGCUUUACGUGAAUAUGAACGGGAGAAAUUCACAGAAAUGGUGAAAAAGGUUAAGGAGGCAGGUACAACACUUGCUAUUUGUCAAUGGGGUUUCGACGACGAAGCCAAUCAUCUCCUCCUACAGAAUGAAUUGCCAGCAGUUAGAUGGGUCGGUGGUCCAGAAAUUGAACUAAUUGCUAUUGCAACGGGCGGCCGUAUCGUUCCACGUUUCGAGGAAUUGACACCGAAGAAACUUGGUCACGCAGGCGUCGUCAGGGAGCUGACAUUUGGCACUACUAAGGACCGAAUGCUCGUCAUCGAAGAAUGCCAGAAUUCUCGAGCGAUUACAAUCUUCAUUCGCGGUGGAAAUAAAAUGAUUAUUGAAGAGGCAAAGCGGGCUAUUCAUGAUGCACUUUGUACGGUUCGCAAUGUGAUCAAGAAUAAGAAGAUUGUAUAUGGCGGUGGCGCUGCUGAGAUUUCCUGUGCUCUUGCUUGUGCAAAUCAGGCCAAUAGGAUCAGCACUUUGGAACAGUAUGCCUUCCGUGCGUUCGCGGAGGCUUUGGAAGCUGUACCAAUGGCACUUGCUGAAAAUGCUGGUCUUUCUCCCGUCGAUACCAUAGCUGAAAUUAAAGCACGUCAAAUAGUUGAGAACAACCCCGCUCUCGGUGUUGAUUGCUUGCAUGCAGGCACUGCCGAUAUGAAAGAGCAACACGUUAUCGAGACAUUGACGAGUAAGUCUCAACAAAUCUUGUUGGCCACGCAAUUGGUGAAAAUGAUACUUAAAAUUGACGAUAUACGUUCAGUGAGCGAUGCCAGCGAUGCAGCGUAAAAAAGAUAACAUAUUUUCUACUUCGAUUAUAAAUUUAUCUACGAAGAGAAUUGGAUGUAUACGUCACCAUUUUACUUCGAGCUUCAUUUACGUUUUUAAUUGAAAAAACUACGUUUCACUAAACAACUAAAUUUCAUUAACUCUCACGCCUCUUUUGUCGUCGAUUUGCUACACAUUGAUAAUUUAUAUGAUAAUACUGUAUUACGAUACGAAUAAAUUUGUUUUACUUUUACCAAUA